AUGGGUAUAAAUUUAAGCAGAUUUACCACGUUAGACCUCAAGUAAUGAGUUGUACUCAAUCCGAUAUGUUUCCAAGUGUAGGUUUCUUCCUGGUCUUACUGGCAGUCUCCGCAAGAGGUGCUCCAAACCCCUUCCAGAACAACCGACCGGAGGAUCCUGUUCCAGUUGAGACAAGUAUGAACAUAUUACAGUACAUAUUUACAUGUGAAAUUAAUUCUUAGAGCACAUUAACCUUUCGAGGGGAUAGCAUUUUAUUUAUGUAGGAGUUUGUGUUGCUCCUUUUAAUACCAAAAAUUCUUCACAUUUCAACCCAUUGAUUAACGCACUCUUUUCACGCCGUGGAUACAUCGGGUUCCCAAACUCAGCCCGUAUACCCAUAUGUAUUUAUCGUUGAACGGACCUUAUUUUUAAUAUAAUACGUGGCGGUUACAUUGAGGCUUCCUCGGGCACGAUCAACUUCCAAGUCGGUGGGUCAAUUCGAGCCGAUAUGCGCUGCAUUUGGACGUUAAAGGCACCCGCACACGAUCUGAGGUUUGUUCUCGUCUCGUCCGGCUUGAAGGAAACGGAUGGCUUGUACUUGACCGAAUUUGGGCAUCUACACGCAGGUCCAGGACGUCAACAGAGGGUAACCACCAUUGGCCAGAAUUACACCUUUAUAUCGAAACAUGUCUUCAUCACGUUGAACGUCGGACACGCCCCGACCUUCGGAUUCAGUCUCCAGUUUUUCUCCAGUGGGUAUGACGACAUUUUUCAGAGACUCACGGGCCAGUCAAGUUUGACCACAGGGAAAGGAAAUCUAAGCUACCCGGUUGGUGGGGGGCAGUACGGUAACAAUGAGGUCGUCUGGUUCACAAUCAGCUCUUCAGUUCCGUCCCAACCAACGCUACGAUUCACGAGGGUGGAUCUCGAGUAUAAUGGAUCCUGUAAUUAUGACAGUCUCCAGACGUACACAUGGUUUAACAAUCAGUUCACAGAGGUAGCGAGGUUUUGCGGGACAACUAUUCCUCCAAGCCUAACCUUGACCGAAGGCCUUGGUUUGAUAAGCUUUGGUACUGAUGGCUCCACCACCGGGUCUGGAUUCGACUUUGAGUAUGAAUAAAUAAGUACAUGCAUAUGCACUUAUGGUAACAAACUGGCAAACCUUAAUAAACAGAUGCAUAUUAAGUA